GUUUUUCUGAGAUGUUCUGAAAAGAAAUGACGCAAUGCUGUUAAUAAAAAAUUAUUUCCGUCGACAAAUUUGACAUGACAAUUCCAGCAGACACUAGCGCCACGCCAUGCCGCCCUGUGAUGCCACACCGUAAUGCAAGUUACUUCGCGCGCUUUACAGUAGGUGUUGUGUGGUUUAUCUGACCCAUCUAAGCCUCGCUGGACAAGAUGCCCACUCUUAGUAGUUAGAGCGUUUUAUUUACUUUUUUUUUUUAACCACCGCGAGCUAUGACAUCCAGCGUUGUUUGCCUGGGCGUUCUCGAGACCGGUCGGAUGAAGAAACUAACGCUGCAGGCAGGGCGACAAGAAGAGUUGCUGACGGCUCUCUCAUCUCUGGCAACUAUCAACGGCAACACAUUGGACACCACUACUUGGGACCCGGAAGCCACAAGGGCAAGGAUCCCAUUGACGAGGACGACCGCAUCGCCAAGCAUCACGACGAGGCGUACGAGCGAGCCGAGAGCGACGCAGACGUGUUUGCUGCCGACCGAGCCUCGACGAAGGAAUUUUUCCACGACUUUGUCUCGACUGGCAACUGGCACUCUGCCUUGGGAGCAGUCGGUUUGGGUGCGAAGAACGUGGUCGAGGAGCACGUACUAGGCCGCAGCCUCUAUGGAAUGCCCCCAGUCAGAACCGGACGGAAACGUGCAAAUCACGGGGACUCAGAUCCAACAGCACCAAAACGAGUUAACGACGACCCAGGCCCCACCAGCAGUGACGCGGAAAUGUCCUCGGCGGAGGAGCUACAAUCGGAUGCCCCUGCAAGAGCAGCAACCGGGGGAGCAGGCGUUGGAAGUAACCAUCCGUCUUCCUCCGAAUGCGUUCAGCAAAUUUUGCGAGUUCCUCGCGACCACGGAGUGGUCUCAGUAUUCAGUGACAGCAAGAUUGUCACCACCUGGGGCUACUGUAUGCUAAAGACAUCGCUCAAGUACGACAGCGAAAAAACUUUUCCCGGCAUCGUGACGAGCAUGUCGCGCCUACCCGUCGACCGGCCUUACCUGUACAUUCCGCACGGCACUUACCUUAACUUUCCGGCUCACACAAAGGCUCUGCAGUGCUCUGUCAAGGUGACUCCCCACGGCUUGCGAACUCCUUGGAAGACUGGCUCGUCGGUCGUGCAACCAGUCAAUUCGGACAUGCUAGUUUACGGCCUGGCCUCUGUGGGCUUGAACCAUCACAUGGACACGGCCAUGUGCCGCAUAACGCAGGGCACAACACACAACGCAAUGAAACCGGCAAGUAUUCGCCCCUUUAAGGCAGACGACCACGCCGAACUGGCCAAGAGCUACUGGGGUCUGAACAUAGCACCGGGCAUGGAAACGCAACUCAAUGACGAUGCGUCCAACAUCCCUACGAGCAUGGGAGCACCCCGGCACAACUUUGCUUACGACUUUAUACACAUUGAAAAUGCGUCUCCUCGCUUGACCAAGUUCGUAAACCAGUUUCCGUUCAAGGGUCACGUGGGCACUCCAAUUAUCAACUACGAGCACAAGUUUAAAAACGCGUGGCUUCGCAUGGGUCACACGUACAAUGCCGGCAACGAACUACUGACCCACUCGUCACUUGGUCUGCCGUCGGACGUGGUAACUUACAAAACGAGCAACCUGUCUAAUGCGGAAUCGAACACUCAACUCCCGGAAGAAAACACAGUGAUGCGCCUUCGCCCGCUCGAUUUUUACAGGCGACACAUCAGGUAUCUGGACACAAUCGAGAAGUCUUGGUACCGCAGAGGUCUCGCACCCAUGGAACUCGACGCGAUUCAACCGAGCCUCGCCUUUGGCAUCAUGGCAGUGUCCAAAUCAAACAAGGACGAUCCCGGCAGCACUGACAAGUUUCAAGACGUCACAGCCUUCUUCCAAGUGGACACGGAACUUGUAGUGCACAGCAGCUUGGACACCAUUGCCGCCGACACGGUAAUGCUACCCUCCAGUGCAGGCCCGUAUCUACGCCACACACACUACAAGAUCAAGUUGCCUUACAACAGUCCUGUCACGCCACGGUCGCCCUGCCCACCUGGCAAACACGGAGGAAGACAUCAAAAACUACAUGCGAGCGCAUCUCGGUCCUCAUCGCAGUCUGCUCCCAGCCGGCAGCCAGGAAGGACCCCAGGAGGACCCCAGGAGGACCAGGAGAACCAGGAGGCUACAACUUUGCAGUGA